AUGGCGCCUGACUUUACCUUACCGUUCGCAACCGCGGCGGUGGCACCGUUGCCGACGGCUGCUGUCUCUGUUGCGCGAAAGACCGCUGACGGAAUCGCAUCUUCCAAAUUACGACUCACUGGAUUCCAAGCAUACCUGGAAUCACCGCAUGGAUCCCGCGUCGAUAUUGUCAGUAUUCCGCGAGAUGUCGUUGAAACGGAGACCUUGAAAUUGGAGACAGUGGUGGAGAAAUAUCCGAAAUUGCUGACGGAGCUAUUCGAACGCGGUCCGUCUGAUGCGUUUUUCCUUGCGAAAUGCUGGGCGAACGUCUCAUUCGAUUCGUCUGAUACUGAAAACAGUCUGUAUGCAGUGGAUUCGUACUACAAUUCACAGCAGAAGUUCGAUAUUAGCGUUUCAACGAAGGUGUGCUCAUUUGGAAAUCAGGUCGUUGAGAAAGUUGAGGUUGGAUUUUUUUUUCAAAUUCUUACCUCUUAUAAGCUUUCGCAUUUUUUAACAAUUGAGAACGGUCAUUAUUGUUUUCGAUUGGAGAAGUCACCAAUUUGCGAGUACAUGGUGAAAUUCAUUUCGGAAUUGAAGAAACUGGAAUCACGAGAUUACAUGAAUAAUGUUCUCGAGAAUUUUACGGUGCUACAGGUGGUCACGAAUCAAUCCACUGGUGAAACGUUGAUGGUGAUCGGUUUUGUGUUUGAAGUAAACGAUUUGCCCGAGGCGAAUUGUUCAAUCUUUCGGCUAGUCGCUUGA